UGUAUAGUUGCUGGUGGAUUCUGCUGAGCUUGGUGCACUCAUUUUUGGCUAUAGGCAUAUAUGUUGUCAGAUUAGUUGUGUGCUAAGGAUGGGAGAAGAUGGGAGUAGCUAUGAACAAAGAAGGAGGGCUCAAUGGCCAUACUUCCAUUAAUGAAAGAUAUCUGAGUAUAUUCCGAUCUACAAUUUUCUUGAGAAGAUAAGGAACCUCCUUAGAUUACUUCUCGAAGCAAUUGAAAGUAUUGCUUCAAAUUCUUUUCUUGCAAUGAAAACCCCAAAAAACAAAGAAUUCUUUUCUUGCAUGUUACUUAACCUUUCUUUAUUCCAAAGGUUCUUCAAAAUAAUUCUAUAUCCUCAAAACUUAUGUUUAUGAUGCAUCCCACAUGCUUAUGAUCUUCAUUCCUUCAACAUUCCAAUGGCCAUUGUCUCUUUCUCCACCUUGUUAAAUGGAACUAGCCUAUUCGUCUCAAAUUCACCUCCAAAACUCAUCCCACAAGCAAGGAAUUCCUACAGUACUCCUACUACUAAUCAUAAAAAUAUACGUACAAGAAUUUGUUGUGUUGCAAAAUGUCAUCCACAAUUCAUGCACCAACCUUUGAUUGAAACUAGCUUCUCUUCAAGGCAUAGAGGCUUAUUGCCACUAGUGCCAUCCAAUGCUAAGACAUCAUCAGGAUCGGGAGAGGAAGACAACCCAGCUGUAGAAACAGUUCUCAAGCUUUACAGAGCAAUCAAGAACAAAAAUAUCAGGGACUUGUCUGAUAUAAUUGGUGAUGAAUGCCGAUGUGUUUGCAAUUUCUUCUCCUUCUUCCAACCCUUCCAAGGGAAACAGCAAGUGUUGGAUUUCUUCAAACUUCUGAUCAAAUUCUUGGGAAACAAUUUUGAAUUUGUCGUGCAACCUACCUUCCAUGAUGGACUGAAUGUUGGUGUAGCUUGGAGACUAAACUGGAGCAAGACACAUGUGCCUCUCGGAAAGGGUUUCAGCUUCUACAUUCUCCAAGUAUACCAAGGGAGGAUCAUCAUAAGGAAUGUGGAGAUGUUCAUGGAACCACUUCUUCAUGUUGAGCCUUUUAGACUGAAAAUGAUGGGAUUCGCCAUGAGCAUUGUGGAAAAGAUGAGCUCCUGUAAGUUGUCCAGAGACAAGGUGAAGAAAGCUGUGCUUGUUCUGGUUUUGCUUGCUGUCAUCUUGAUCUUCUUAAUGCCAGGGAUGUAUUAGGCAGCAUAAACCAUGUAAGAUGCAAUCAAGCAUCUCCUGUUUCAGUUAGUACUGUACCAUGUGGUAGUGUGCCCGAAGAUGCUCAAAAGUUCCGUAUGAGAUUUGACUAGAUUAAUUCUAAAAUAAUUAAAAAUAAAAUAAAAUUACAGCA